UCUCCAACCUGGCGGCGGCGGCGCUGCGGAGUGGCUGGUGCCGCUGUCCACGGAGAUGCCUCGGCAGUGGAAUCCAAUUUCUUUCCAGCCACAACCUACCCCAUGGGUCGACCUAUCAGAUGUGCCGGCCGGGUGGAGAGCUGCCACUGUCCAAAUCAUAUUCUUCUGGAAACAGAAAAGGCUUUCUGUCCGGCUUGCUAGAUAAUGUCAAACAAGAAUUAGCCAAAAACAAAGAAAUGAAAGAAAGUAUUAAAAAAUUCCGUGAUGAGGCCAGAAAGCUAGAAGAAUCAGACGUGCUCCAGGAGGCCCGAAGGAAAUACAAAACCAUCGAGUCAGAAACUGUGCGGACGAGCGAGGUGCUACGGAAGAAGCUUGGGGAGCUGACGGGCACCGUGAAGGAGAGCCUUCACGAAGUCAGUAAAAGUGAUCUCGGCCGGAAAAUCAAGGAGGGCGUGGAGGAAGCAGCCAAGACGGCCAAGCAGUCGGCCGAGUCAGUAUCCAAAGGCGGGGAGAAGCUGGGCAGGACGGCGGCCUUCAGAGCCCUCUCCCAGGGGGUGGAAUCCGUGAAGAAGGAAAUUGACGACAGCGUCCUGGGACAGACCGGGCCCUACCGGAGGCCCCAGCAACUCCGGAAGAGAACGGAGUUUGCGGGAGAUAAGUUCAAGGAGGAGAAAGUGUUUGAGCCAAACGAGGAGGCCCUGGGGGUCGUGCUGCACAAGGACUCCAAGUGGUACCAGCAGUGGAAGGACUUCAAGGAGAACAACGUGGUGUUUAACCGGUUCUUCGAGAUGAAGAUGAAGUAUGACGAAAGCGAUAACGCGUUCAUCCGGGCGUCCCGGGCCCUUACGGACAAGGUCACCGACUUGCUGGGGGGUCUGUUCUCCAAGACAGAGAUGUCGGAGGUGCUCACGGAGAUCCUCCGGGUGGACCCGGCCUUUGAUAAGGACCGGUUUCUGAAGCAGUGCGAGAACGACAUCAUCCCCAAUGUCCUGGAGGCCAUGAUUUCUGGAGAGCUUGACAUUCUCAAAGACUGGUGCUAUGAAGCUACUUACAGCCAGCUGGCCCACCCCAUCCAGCAGGCCAAGGCGCUGGGUCUCCAGUUCCAUUCUCGAAUCCUAGACAUUGACAACGUUGACCUGGCCAUGGGCAAGAUGAUGGAGCAGGGGCCGGUGCUGAUCAUCACCUUCCAGGCACAGCUGGUGAUGGUGAUCAGGAACCCCAAAGGCGAGGUGGUGGAGGGCGACCCGGACAAGGUGCUGCGGAUGCUGUACGUAUGGGCGCUCUGCCGAGACCAGGACGAGCUCAACCCUUAUGCGGCCUGGCGGCUCCUGGACAUCUCGGCCUCCAGCACCGAGCAGAUCCUCUGAGUGUGGUGCCGCAGCCAGGGAGCCCCGGGCUGGGUCAUCAGGCACAGAGGCACCGCAACACCACCUGCGGCAACUCCAGACCUCUGGGAAUAAGACUGCGGGCUCUGCCCCCAGCUCUGCCAGGACGGCUGCAAGACCAGCUGGCCCGGGAGGGGACAACGGGCUGCUGCGGGUGCGCGGCAGCUGGAGACACUCCCCGCCAGGGCCAACCCCUGCCCUGUUGCUCUGCCUUGCAGGGGUCCCGGUGCCUGGUCACCUGGGGUGCACACAGGCCACACAGUGCCAAGAGGGCCCAGGGACUCCCCCCACAGCAGGGUGGGACCCGGGACCCGCGGCUCAGUGGCCAGCUAGCCACGUCAGCCAAGCCACUUUAGGUCCAUUUUUUAUUUUAACAGUGCUCUUCCAUCUUGUGCAUAAGCCUGAGAUUUGGAAAGAAUAAAACACUGAAUUGCAGAAGAGCAAAAAAAAAAAAAAAAAAAAAAAAAAAAAGAAUCACAAAAAA